GUCUCUGGACUACUUCGGGGACCCUGGGUGGGCCAGAUCAUCCAUUUCACAUCCUCCUCAUCCUGCCUGCACUGCCUCUGUGACAUUUCCAGUCACAGGCUUUGCCACCUCCGUGUUUAGGUUGCUUUUCUUGCAGUACUUUUCCUAAACCAACUCUCGAACCAGUUCCCUYCCACUAUCGUUUCCUUGUUUCAACCCGCAACACUGUUGCUUAAUGCAGGAAGCCGCCAGUCAUCCAAGGGGCUGGAAGGAAAGCGCACAACCACAGAGUCGCAAAAAUAAAGAAAAAAAAAAGAGAGAGGAAGUUACUGUUUCCUGAGCGCUCCCGAGAACGACUGUGGGAAGGAAAACUACAGCUCCCAGCAGGCUGCCGGGAGCCAGGGAAGGGCAGAGUUCGCCGUCACGUUUGCAGGGAGGAUUCAGGGUGUGCGCUGGUGUCCUGCCACCAAAGGGCCUCUGGGAAGGAGGGCAAGGGGAAAGGCCAGCGCUGGCCUCCUCUUGCCACCCCUCGGCUUCUGUUCGCCGCCCUGAGCGGCUCCGACCCUGCCCGGGUUUAUGGGCGUUUAGUUGGAAUUCCCCGGCCCGGGACGGGAUGRUGCCUGUGAGGGUUGUGGGAUUUGGUCAGCUCCUCGAACAGCAGGGAGAUACAGCUCCGUGUGAACGAAGGAGAAAGUGAAACCAAAUASUGCAGAAGCCAGAGCUCCCGGGGAAAAAGAAAAUGGAAGAGAAUCCAAGCGUGGAUCURCCUGGAGCUGGACCAGCCCAGGGUGAGGUGGGAAGCACAGCAGAGCAUCCUAUGCACCAAGAGCAUGAGUACACCCAGGAAACACCUGAGCACCAAGAGCUCCACCAGGAAACACCUGAGCACCAAGUGCCAAGCAAGUGGCCUGAGACAUGCUGCAAACCAGGGGAGGACUCUGCAGUGUGUGCAUCAACUGCUGAUAGAGGAGAGACAACACUGUUGGGUUUAGCUGGUCCCACGGUAAAAGAGAAGGCUCCUCAGCAAAUUGAAGUAUUGCUGAAAGAAUCUCAGAGGACAAUAGAAGGUGUCUCAGAAAGAUCCCAGGAAAAUAAAGUCUUGGAUGAAGCUGGGCUGGGCCAUGAUAAUGUGGACAGCAAAGGAGACARCCCUGUCCACCAGGAAACACGGGAGCACCAGCAGACAAUGGGGCAGCGUGAGAGCCCCCAGAGAGCAGAGGAAGAUGCUUUGUCAAGAAGCAAGGCACAGAGCUCUGGCAGUGAAAUGACACACUGGGAUGUGACUGCUGUGCAAGAUGUCCCCAGAGUCCCCUCGGCACAGAAGAGCACCAGUGCCGCUCUCCUCAACUGGGAACCAGAGGUGCCCAGAGAGCAAGAAACACAGGAGAGCAGAUCCCAAGGCAUGUUAAGGAAAAGACCAAAAGGGGACACAGCCCCAAACCCAGAGACUCAGUCCUGCCUGCAGAACAUCACCACCCAAAACCCAGAGCAGGAGAAGGCCAAAGGGUCCCUCAUGUGGAAAGGUGAGGAAAAGAAGCUUCCCUUGCAUGCUACUCAWCGACCAGAAGGCACUGAUCCUCCAGGAACAAGGCUCGUCAUCGUGGGCCUCGUUGUGCUCGGCUUCUGCAUUUUCUGCUUCGGCAGCCCGACCUCCAGCUCGCAGCAGCCGCGCAAGAACCCCACGGUGGAGGCCUUCCUGUCGCAGUUUGACCAGCUGCAGCUCCGCUUCCCGGGCCAGAGCCCCCACCUGUGGCUCCGCGGCCGCAAGUUCCUGCAGAAGCACCUGAACACAUCCCAGCACACGCAGCCGGCCAUCAUCAUCCUCACGGCCGCCCGCGGCGCCGAGUGGACCCUGCGCUGCCUCAGCGCCCGCCUGGCCGACUCCUACUCGGCCGCCCUGCACGGCAGCACGGUGCAGAUCGACGGGCGCGGCAAAGCCGGGCUCCAGAGCGACCGCGCCAAGCUGGAGGUGGACUCGGAGCUGAGCUCGGCYUUCCAGGCCGGGGGCCGCGCCGCCGUCGUUCACCGCUUCGAGCUGCUGCCGGCCGGGGCCACCCUCAUCUUCUACAAGUACUGCGACCACGAGAGCGCCGCCUUCAAGGACGUGGCGCUGCUGCUGACGGUGCUGCUGGAGGAGGACGUGCUGGACAGCCAGAUCAGCCUGCGCCAGGUGGAGGAGAGGGUCCRUGACUUCCUCUGGGCCAAGUUCACCAGCACCAGGACCCCCAGCUCCUACGACCACAUGGACUCGGACAAGCUGAGCGGGCUGUGGAGCCGCAUCUCCCACCUGGUCUUGCCCAUCCACCCGGUGCAGACCAUCGAGGAGGGCGGCUGCUAURCCAAACCCUAGGGACAAAGGUGGCCAGAGCCCUGAGGAGGGUUAGAAAGAUGKUCCUGGCUGGCUCUGGUGCAGGCAGAGGCACAAGUGGUGUUACUUCUCUUCAGUUUGUUUCUUGUAGAUUCCUGGGAAGAGUUUGGCAGGKGCGAGUUGAUCCCGGCCAUUUGGGYRGCUGAGUCCUGGAGGUGAUACCCACACUUCCUUCUGGCAGAUGGUUUUAGACUGGCAGAUCCUUUUAGACUGCUGGUUGCACAGGGGAACAUGAACAUGAACACGUAUAGGAGGCAGGAGGGAGAAYAGGACCUUGCAGGUAGUGUUUCUAUCAAGAAACAGACAAAUAAUGUACACAACUAGUGGGAAGAAAGGCUGUUUGAUACAGCAGCUCUUUCAUCUCUCCCUGUCCCUCAGCUUGAUGAAGUGGUGUGCAUCAGUCUCACGAUAUACUUUAUGCAGAGAGCUGAUAGAACACGGGAAGGUCAAAUUCCUCAAAGCCCAGCRUUUUGAAGGCAUGCCUUAAAAAGAAAAGCAAUUUGCCAGUCAAGGGUUUGACCCAGUCAGCCCGUAUGGAGUCCCACUUGCACAGCCUGCUUGACACCAGGCAAAGCCCAGAUCCUCAAAUGARCCUACAAUUGAGAGAUCCCCCAAACAGCAAUUACAAGACAUUUUCAGGCUGUCAGCACUUGAACACUACACUAAUGGCUGGGAUCCUAYUAAGGGAACAAGCUCCAAAACCAGAGAGCAAUGAAACAGUCGUUGUCUCCCUGAAAGAGAGGAGCCUUAAGGGAUUGCACAGGUGAAAAGAUGAAUAAUACAGUGAAACUUAAUGCUACCUCUUUGUAAAAAAAGUCCACUCGAUCCCUUUGCCACACAAAGGCUAUGACUCUCUCCUUGGGCUGAUGCUUUGGUCAUGACAGUUUGUUCUUCACCUGGAUCUCUGAUCAGUGUGCAGGGCUGGAAGGCGUCUGCCAGCCUCUCCCCAGGUGACUUUUAUUGAUGAAUGGGGAUGUUAACACUGAUAUUUCAAACAAUGUAGGGUAACACCCCAGGUCCUUCCCCUCCAAGGGUACCUUUGCUUCCCUGCCAGGUAGAUGGAGCUCUGGCAUCUGCCAAAGCAAGUAGGAGCAGAGCUGGAUUAGCUCAUUAAGACAAAAUCUCUGCCAUUAACACUAAAAAUCCUUGACAAAGCAGGUUAGCUCCUUACCAUGCCUCUUUUUCUGCUUCCUAAAAAAAAAAAUCCGAGUCCUGGAAACACUGUGGUGGCCCUGCCCCCGUUUCUGCAGGUGCUGUGGGGCAGAGCAGCCAACUCAGGGAACACCUGGAGGGCAGGUUGAGAUCACAGUGUUAAUUAAACCCACCAGGCAGCCCCAGGUGCCAGCCCCGUGUGCCUAUGCAGAAUCGUGGCUCCUUCCCACAGACAGAGCCUUGCAGAGCCAGGCUUUGUAUCCACACAGGAACAAAUCCACACUGCCAUGGUGUUUUUAGGAGCUGGACAUCUGGGUGUUUCUGACAGCAACAGGACCCUGGUGUUGGGUGGGUCUCCUGCCAACAGUGCCUUGCUGAUCUGCCCCACCAAUGGCUUGGAAAGGCACAGCCCUGCACUCUAAAAUCACAACCURUCUCUGUUUUCCCAUGUGCCUUGACCUGUCUCAGGAGAUAAGUGGCCAUUAAUGUGGAGGAGGAGACAAAGCUAAGGAAGAGGGAGGGUUGUUUGUUCCUGUUCUGGCCAAAGAGCAGACUUUUUGGUUGGUUGGAAAUAUGAAGACGAGACCACAGGGGUUUUAACCAUGGCAAACUCUGGGCUGAAUGUGAGAACUCCCUGCUGGGGCCCAGGGCAUGGUUUGGUACAAGAUGCAGUUUGCUCCCUCCCCUCUUUUCUACUGCUGUACACUACUUUGGUGAGAGAAAACACUGUCCUGCUCUGCACGUUCAGUAGGGGUGUUGAUGCAGGAACAGCGGAGCAUUAAUCACACUAUGCCAAUAUUCUGUAUUUUAAUGUUCUCUCUCUCAGUUUUACCCGCUGUGUUUGCAAAGGCAAUUCCCCAUUGCUGAAAGCAUUGCCUACCUGAGCUCUUCCAAUACAGAGAUAYUUUCAUGGCCUUAUAAAGUGUCUGAUUGCUUCUGAAACAGGACUUCUAUUUAAAAAUAAAUGAUGAGAUUGUGAAAGAAGCCAGCAAAGUGAGACUGGAGUCUUACUGUUUCCCGAUCUUUUUUUCCUAGCUAUUUUUAUUAAGCAAAAGAGAUAAUCAUUUUGGACAAGGUUUCAUUUAGGUCAGGGCUAUAGUUGUGCAAACAAAGUGAGUAUUUGCUUUUCCUGGAAAAACUCUAAACAAUGUUUUUUUCCCAAUUGUUUGGGACAAAUAUUUGCAGCUUUUUCAGCUGAAGCAAAAUUGAAAACCAACCCCCAAAGAGCUGCUGGAUYCAACCCAGGCUGGAAUACACUGGAGUUUGCAUAAUACUUAAUGRUAAUAAAUGAAACUGAAAUCCACUGUCAAC